AUGACUUCUUCCUUAUCAAAAUUAAGAUCUCACAAUAUUCUUUCAGAUUUAACUCGUCGCGAUUGUUCUUUUCUAUUCCAAACUAAAAGUUCUAUUAUAAAAUGGAAUUCACCAAAAGUAUUAUCACGAAAUUGUCAACAUACUUUUACUACACAACCAACUUUUUCGUACAUAUUAAGGGUUGAAAAUUUUCGUUAUCGAACGCUUAAUUCGUGUCCAUUGAAAAGUCCCAUUACAUCAAAAUUGAGUUUUGUUUGCAGACAAACUUCAACAAUUUCUCCUCCUCCUUCAGCCCCCACAACUCCCACUAUCGUAAACUUACCAAAAAAAGAUUCCCGAAGCAAACCAAAGAGCUCUAAUGUUGAUACAAUGAGCCCUGAAGCCAAAAGAGUGGUUAAGAUAUUAGGUUAUGCAAGUGGUAUCUGGGGAGUAGGAUUUAUCAUAUACUCAGGGCGUCCAUUCGAAUCUGAUCGAGAAACUCAGUAUAAAGAUUUAGAUACUUUCACAGCGUGGUACAAACGAGUGGAGGCGCGCUUCAGGGAUCUUUUUCACUUUUUCACGGAACCAUCAUCAGAUAAGCUAUUGCCGGAUCAAGAUGCUUUACCACCACCUUCUCCAUAUACGUUAGUAAUUAAUUUGGACCAAACUCUUAUUUAUUCAACUUGGGAUAGAGAAAAUGGUUGGCGAACGGCAAAAAGACCUGGAGUAGAAUAUUUUCUGUAUUUCGUGGCGCAACUUUUCGAAGUGGUUAUUUUCACAUCUCAACCUUUCAAUUUUGCUGAACAGAUUUUAAUGAAACUUGAUCCGUUUGGUCUUGUUCCUUAUAGACUUUAUAGAGAAUCGACAAGAUAUAUUGAUGGGAAAAUAGUCAAGGACCUUUCAAAACUGAAUCGUGAUCUUUCAAAAGUUAUUAUUAUGGACUCUAAUCCCGAUGCUUAUUCAUUGCAACCCGAGAAUGCAAUUUCUGUACCUCCGUGGAAAGGAGAUCCUAAUGAUACUUUUUUGAUAGACAUCAUACCAUUCCUUGAACAUUUCACAAUAUUUUAUGUGAAUGAUGUUCGUCAAGUGUUGCCACAAUAUAAAGGCAAAGAUAUUCCAAGACUUUAUGCUGAAUGGGAAGAACAAUGGAAAGAACAACAACGAGUAGAAUGGGAAAAAAAAUUUAAACAACCGAAAAAAGGGUUAGCAGGUUGGGCUUCAGCCUUUGGUACUCAAAUUCAAGAACAAGUACCUCCAUAUGAACAAAAAUUGAUGCAAAUCAAAUUAAUUAAUAAUGAUAUCAAUAAUUCAUAUUUGGAUUAUAAACGACGUAAACCAGAGAUACAUCAAAUGUAUCAAAAUAGUAUGGAGAAUCUGGAAAAACAGAUUCAAGAGAGCAUGAAAGAGAAAAAAUUAACGAUUUGGGAUAUAAUAACUCAAGGACCACCUCAAGUUCCUAUGCCUGAUUUACCAUCAGAUCAAAAUAGUGUUCAACCACUUCCACCAUCACAACAUUCAUAA